AUGGCAGCAAGAUUAAUGAAAGAGUACAAAGUACUCCAGAAUGAACCUUUCGAAGAUAUAAUGUUGUUCCCAAAGGAUGAGAAUAACCUAUAUCAAUGGACUGCAAUUAUAAAGGGUCCACCAGAGACUCCUUACGAAGGUGGUAGCUUCGAACUAGACAUACAGGUACCAACCAACUAUCCACUUCAGCCACCCAUCGUUAGAUUCAAUACAAAGGUCUUUCAUCCAAAUAUACACUUCAAGACAGGAGAGAUUUGUCUAGACUUACUAAAGACAUCAUGGUCAGCAAUAUAUACAUUACAGUCAGUUUGUCGAUCGAUCAUUGCACUGUUAGCACAUCCCGAAGCGGAUAGCCCUUUGAAUUGCGAUGCAGGCAACCUCAUGAGGAAUGGUGACCAGAAGGGCCAUGACUCUUUGGCCAAGAUGUACACUAGAAUAUACGCA